UUUUCAGGUCAUUGCAGGUCACCCUGCUUAAAGAUUAUGGAGAUGACCCCAACUGGACACCAUCCCUACAUCAGGGCCACACCAGCAGCUCCAUCAGUCACACAAACCCCAAAGGAUCUUUUAAGAGCCUCCUCAAUGUUUUUUUUUUUUUUUUUUUUUUGAAGGUCUUCUGAAUAAAAUAGUCUCUUUGUUUAUUUAUUUUUUUCCUAUUAAUCAAAUCUAAAAGCAAAUUAAUGGAAGUGAAUAAUGGUUUAAGUGUCUUUCUAUUUAGUUAAAUGUAUGUGUGUGUGUGUGUGUGUGUGUGUAUAUAUCACUUAAUUAAACCCUAUAUAUUUCCUCUAUCAAGCAUCGGAAGACUGACCUCGACUUGGAAAGAUGUAACGGGUAACAUAAACUGGAACCGCCCAUAAAUGUGGUUUCAACUAGGUCCGCUAGCUGACUAUAAACCCCUCUUCUGCAGCGUUCUUCAUUUUUUUUUUUGCUGUGGAUUGAAAAACAUUAUUUGCAGUCACGUCUGGAAGAGGAAAAGGUGGUAAAGGACUUGGAAAAGGAGGCGCUAAGCGUCACCGAAAGGUUCUUCGCGAUAAUAUCCAGGGAAUCACUAAACCCGCUAUUCGUCGUCUUGCUCGCCGUGGCGGAGUCAAGCGUAUUUCUGGCCUGAUCUAUGAAGAGACUCGCGGUGUGUUGAAGGUGUUUCUGGAGAACGUCAUUCGUGAUGCUGUUACUUACACUGAACACGCCAAAAGAAAGACCGUCACCGCCAUGGAUGUUGUGUACGCUCUGAAACGACAGGGACGCACCCUGUACGGAUUCGGAGGUUAAAUCCUUCGUGAAGAAGAGGAAAAAAAGCCAACGGCUCUUUUAAGAGCCACGUACGUUUUUACACAAAGAACAAGUUUCUUGGUGGUGAAAUUAAUUAGGCUUUAUAAUUUCAUAGUAGCUUCAUGAUUGUUUGUUUUAUGUAAAUUGUAAAGCAAUUAAAACUGAGGAAUUCAAUAUUCUAUUCCAUGUUUUUUUCUAUGAUUGUGCUUUACAGUUAAAUAAACUAAAAUUUAAUAGGUUCUUAGACGCGUUAUUGUGCAGUUUUUGUUUUUCUUUAAUGUAGUGUAUUAACGCUUGUUCUUACAUUCAUAUAUGCAUGUCUUUUAAUGUAAGUAUAGUGUGUUCUUGAUCACAUUCACGUUGAUUAAUAAACAAGUUGUUUCUGCUUCUAAAUAAACGUUAAAAUACAGAAACUCCAGCGUGCGUAGAUAAAAAGCUUAUUAAAUUAUUCACACAAUAUUUCAGUGGGGGAUGGUAUUUGUCGAUGGGUGUGAUUAACAUUUCAAGCUUCUGAUUGGCUCGCCUACAAGUCAAGGAACGUUUAAGGUGGCCAAUGAAACCGUUCUAUGGGUUGGGCCACAAAGACUCACAAUCACAGAAGGCCGUUCUUCCCUUUUGAAAUUAGCAUAGGGCAGUGUAUAAUACCCCGCCUCUAAUAUUAAAGUGUUAUUGUUCUUUGUGUGUCUGUCUGACCGAAGCACCAUGCCUGAACCAGCGAAAUCUGCGCCCAAAAAGGGAUCGAAGAAGGCCGUCACUAAAACCGCCGGCAAGGGUGGAAAGAAGCGCAAGAGAUCCAGGAAGGAGAGUUACGCUAUCUACGUGUACAAAGUCCUGAAGCAGGUUCAUCCCGACACCGGAAUCUCUUCCAAGGCGAUGGGAAUCAUGAACUCUUUCGUCAACGACAUCUUCGAGCGCAUCGCCGGUGAAGCGUCUCGUCUCGCUCACUACAACAAGCGCUCCACCAUCACAUCGAGAGAGAUCCAGACCGCCGUGCGUCUGCUGCUGCCCGGUGAACUGGCCAAACACGCCGUGUCUGAGGGCACAAAGGCUGUGACCAAAUACACCAGCUCAAAGUAAAGCGAUGUCUGAUCUGAUCAGAGAACCCAAAGGCUCUUUUAAGAGCCACCCAUGUUGUCUUUAAAAAGAGCCUUGAUCUUAACAGUUCUUUAACUUUUUUUUUUUAUUUGAAAACCGUGUACGAGUCCGUCACUGUUUACUGCUGUUAAGCAUCAGUCUGGUUUAGCAGAUGAACUAGAAUAUAUGGUUGCACUUUGUUUUACAGUACGAGUUUAUAGUGUACUUAAGAAAAUACUAGGUAAUGUAAGGUAACUAUUUAGCAUUUCUACAUCUUGCCAUCUUGAAUUCUCCAUAUUCUUCAUCUUGCCACCUGUUUGCCACCUGAUGUCACCUGUUGGAGUUUGGGUUCCUUGCCGCUGUCGCCUUUGGCUUGCUUAGUUGGGGACAUUUGAUAUUCAACAGUGCUUUGCAUCUGCCUACAUUGACAGCAUUUUCUUUAAGAGCUGCUGUGCAGCCAAAAUUAUAUACCAUUUAUCACUGUAAAGCUGCUUGACACAAUCUGCAUUGUAAAAAGCGCUAUAAAUAAAGGUGACUUGACUAUUACAUAAAUACGCCAGCAGGUGGCGAAAAAGAGUGUCUUGUGUGUUAUGUCUUAAUUUAACGAACGUAUUUACUUGAUACAAAAAAAGACUGUGCCUAAUAUAGACCCAACUCAUUAAAUAAAUAAAAUAAGUGUUUUAGAUCACCAAAGCACAAGGUUUUCUUGCAUAAUUAAAAUUUUAAUUGUUUGGUCAGACAUUUUGGCUACACAUUCAUAAAUCUGGGAUUAUGUUAAACGUGGAGUUCUGUAAGUUAAAUAUGAAUAUAUUAGCAAGCGUAUGUGCACGGUACUAUAACUGCGCUUUGCAUCCGCUUUCUGCUGAUUUCUGAACGAGAUUGACUCAUAUGCUAAAUAGGCUAUACAGUUACUUCCUGGUUGUCGUUAAGCCAGCUCGGGCAUUUCCGGUGAACUGUUCAUUCUGUAGUCACUGUACACCGUCAAUGGUUGACUUUUUAAUGUUGUAUUUAUAUUUUAAUGCAGUUAUCACAUUUACCUAAUUUGCCUGUGUUUCUGCAGGCCUGUUUCUUCAGAAUCAACAUCCUGAGACGUCUUCCAUCAGUGUUGUCUUCAUGGAGAAUAACAAAACACAACCAGAGUAAAACUGCUACAACUAGUUAGGGAAUCAGCUCUUUAGAAAGCCCUUAUGAGACAGCAGCGAUUCUCAUCUGAUUCUGAAGCUCUGAUCCAUCCGCUCCUGAAAAUCCUCUCAGCACUACUGUUGAACUUGCAGCUGUAGAGGAUGAUGAUGAUGAUGAUGAUGAUGAUGUGAAACUUGUGCUCCAGUAGUGCUGGGAUUUACAGACAGGAUCAUGUCAACAUUCACAUCUUCCCCCUCAUGAAUCACAAACCACAGAUCAGAUUUCCACUGAGAGUAACGUGUGUUGUACGAGACAUUAGUGUUCAUUAGUUUAGAAGAAAAUAACUGAAGUGAGAAGCCUUGACCAUGAUGUUCCAUGAGAGAACAUUCUAGUGUAUACUAUUUAAGUGUUAUUUUAUCUUAGAAAUCUGUUCAUGCUUUUGCAUGUAUUUUCCUUCAAUCAUGUUUGGGUCAUUAAAAACCCCUGGACUAUUCAGACAUUUCAAAUAAUCAGUCAAGUGAAAAAUAGUUCUUCCAAGGUCCAAGUUCAGAGUAAAAAAAAAAAAAAAAAAAAAAAAAAAUCAUGUGGUUUAUUUCACAUGGUCAAUAUUUGUGUAAAAUGUUUCAAAAAAUAUUAAUUUCAGCAGUUAAUUGUUCAUACAGACCAUACAGAAUAAAACAUCUUUACUAAUUACUCAACAACUGAUCUAGAACAGGCAUCAGUAUCAUUGUCAAGCUUUCACUAUUGGAAGAACAGAAUAACAACACAAACAUGACAAAUAUAUUACAAAUUUCAAACCGCAAUAUUUUCAAACCGUGUUCAAGGAAAAAUAAAUGCUGACAGAACAUUCAAACAUGUUGACAGAAUUAACAGUAUUUUUAAACAUGUUAAUA